CUGGGAAUUUUAAAUCAGAUAAAAAAAGAUUUUCAGAAAGUCUGAGUACUUAACAUUUGCAUUUGAAUGAAAACAAAAGGGAACUGAUAAAUAUGUAAUACAAAAAACUUAUUGGUUAGUUUGAUUUCCGUAGCAAUCUACCUGUAGAGUCAGCUUAAGAUCAAAACUCAAGUCCAUCAGACGUAUACUGGGAGACAUCAUCACUAUGUCUAUAAAUUUAGCAGCUAUUGACUUUGGAACAACAUACUCAGGGUAUGCGUUUUCGGUAUCACCUUUGAAAACUAAACUGCCAGAGGUACAAAUACUUUCUAACCAAUCUUGGAACGCUGGUAUCAGAGAGGCCAUAUCAUUGAAGACUCCAACGUGUUUACUUCUAACAAAGGACAAAGAAAUAGUAGCUUUCGGAUAUGAAGCUGAAAACCAAUACACAGAUAUAGUUUUGGAUGGACAGCAAGAUGACUACUAUUUCUUUUACAGAUUUAAGAUGAAUUUGCAUAAUAACAAGGAUAUUGCAAUGGGUAUGGUUCUAGAAGAUGUCAGAGGCAAAGCGCUUUCCGCAAUAGAUGUCUUCUCAUUGUCGAUUCAGGCACUAAAGAAUCAUAUGAAAGGUGUUAUAGAAAUUAAGAAUGUUAUGCUUGAUGAAAAUACAAGAUGGGUAUUGACAGUUCCUGCAAUAUGGACAGAUACGGCAAAACUUUUUAUGAGGAAGGUUGCUGGAAUGGCUGGUAUUCCAGAGGACAAAUUGACUUUGGCACUUGAACCUGAGGCAGCUUCGAUAUUCUGUCAAACUUUCCCAUCUGCUGGUAGCAUAGACAUUGUCAAUAUUGGAUCUAAGUAUAUUGUAGUUGACCUUGGAGGCGGAACGGUGGAUAUAACAGCACAUGAAAAGCUGUCUGAUGGCUCAUUGAAAGAAUUGUGCAAAGCUUCGGGAAAUGAUUGUGGGGGGACAUCGAUAGAUAGGCAGUUUAUUCAAGUCUUUGUUGAAAUCUUUGGGCAAUCACUUUUAGACAAAAUGAAAAUGGACUUUCCAGAGGACUAUCUAGGUUUGGUCAGGUCUUUCGAAAACGUAAAGAGAACACUAAAACCAGACAAAACUGGUUUGGUUAAUAUAACAAUUCCAAAUACAGUUUUAGAUAAACUAUGCCAGUCAGAACUAAACGAUAGUAUCCAAAAUGUUGUAGCAUCAUCUGCAUUUGCGGACUACUGCAGGCUCUAUCACGAUAAAUUUCGAAUGGAGGCAUCGUAUGCAAAAUCACUUUUUGCUCUUACAACAGAGAACAUUGUUUCAUUAAUUAAUUCCGUCAUGUAUGAAAGCCAUGACGCAGAAGUAGGACAUAUCCUACUUGUCGGUGGGUUUGCCGAAUGCAAACUAGUACAGGAGGCGGUAAAGGCGGGGUUUCCCGACAAACAUGUCACCGUACCGGACGAAGCUGGUCUUGCAGUUCUUAAAGGUGCCGUUUUGUUUGGAUACAAACCGGAUUCAAUAUCAUCGCGGAUAACAAGGUAUACUUAUGGUGUUGAAGUCGUGAGACUUUUUGACGAAUCUAAAGAUAGCUUGAGACGCAAAGUCUACGUUGAUGGUAAUGUUUUAUGUGACAAUGUAUUCCAACCUUUCAUGAAAGCAAACACAUCGGUACAUAUAGGAAAAGAAUUAAGACACACCUACGGCACGUCUGAAGAGUUUCAACAAUCACAUUUCCUGCCAAUAUAUUAUACUGAAAAAGAUAACGUUGAAUUUAUCGACGAAGGUGGCUGCAUGAAACUCGGCGAAGUUGAGGUAGAGAUACCGAAUCCUACAAAACAUUCACGAGACGUAGAUGUCAUAUUUCACUUUGGUGAAACAGAAAUUUCUAUUACAGCUAUAGACAAAGAGUCUGGUAGAGAGUGCAAAACUACGUUCGAAAUUCAAGACUUCAAUUAAUUUUUUAUAUGUGAUUUCUUAAAUAAAAUUACCUGACAUACUG